UUUUAUUUCAGAAUUUAUGCAAGCCGCGAUGACUGACAAUACUCAGUUGGAGGUGGAGGAACCACAGAAAGUGCAGAAGGCGGUGCCAUCAUCGCCUGGCUUGGCCACCAAGAUGCGUCCCACACGCUCCACUGCAGAGGAGCGGAUCGAUCAGAAGCUCAAAGAGGUCAAGCAGCACAUGCCGCAUUUCGACGACAUGACCAGCUACAUGAGCACUCUGCUCAAGCCGGUGAAUGGCAUGACCAUGACCACGGCCAAAAAGACUGCUCCAGUGCAGCAGACCUCGCCGGGUAAGCCUUCAUCGCCGGGCAGGGCUUCUUCGCCGGGCAGGGCCUCACCGGCCAAGCCCACUUCGCCGGCUAAGCACACCUUGGUACCCCCUCUGAGUGGGAAUUCCUUGGUCAAUUUGGUCUGCGGAUGCAACCCGGAGACACAGUUACCUGGAUCUCCAAUACUAUAUCCAUUUGACGAUUCAAUGGGGGUGCCUGGAUCUCCUGUAAUGGAUCCAUUCAAUCGGAUUAACGAGGUGGAGUUCAUUCCGGCGAUAAUAACACCGCCGGAUGUCGAGCCUGAUGCCGAGCCGGAUGACGAACCUGUUGCCGAGCCGGAUGAAGAACCUGUUGUCGAGCCGGAUGACGAACCUGUUGCUGAGCCUUUUGUGGAGCCCAUUGGCAUUGAGCCCGCAUACGAGGCGGUAAAUGCCUGGGAAUGCGCUCAAGUGGACUCGACCGUCGAACAGGUCAGGGUGGUCGCCAGCGGCCUGACCAUGUUCGCCCGGAAUCGUGAUGGCACCUAUGACCUGUAUACAGGCCUGCAGCCUUCGACGCCUGAGAUGGGAAGUUCCAAUUUCCGGGAGAUAACGUUCAACGAUGGGCCGCUGGUCAUAUUGACCCGCGACGACGAAGGCAAGCUCACUUACGAUCCCAACGAUGCGGUGACAAUCGAUAUUGCAGACAACAGUCUGUUUGUUCUUAACACCGACGAAUCCUCAAAUACUUGAAUAAUUGACAAUCGAUAUUGCGAUAUU